AUGGUUAUGCUUACUGAAGAGGAUGCCAUUCACUUUUUAAAUAUCGCAUUGGAGGAGGCGGAAAAGAGUCUAAAGGUGGAGCUAAAGGAAAUGCCAAUAUUCUGUCUCUUGAUAAACGAGAAGAGGGAAAUUUUGUCCAGUUCGUACAACCACACGAAUGAAUCGAAGAAUGGGAGCAGACACUGUGAACUCAUAACGAUAGAUAAGUAUCUCUAUGGAGAGGAUUACGAGGGUAUGAAAAAUAACAACCUAAUAAAAUGUUUUAACAAUUGUGAAAAUGGAGUACAGAGCUCUCUCGCCAAAUAUUUUUCACACAUGGAUAUGUGGAAGAAGGAUAGAUUAGCUAAUCCUUCCUCUGCACUAGAAGACGAAGUGGUGCACAAUGAAGGAGCAAUGGGAAGUACUACUGAGCAGUUAAGUGAAGAGAAGAAAAACGAAAUAAAAUACAAGUUAGAAAAUCUCCGGAAAUGUUGCAUCGUUGUGACGUGUGAGCCCUGCAUCAUGUGUGUCUAUGCGUUGAAGCUUAUGGGCAUAAGGAACAUUUACUUCUGCUGCCUUAACGAGCGCUUUGGAGGAUGUGGAUCAGUCCUUUCCUUGCACAAAACGUACCAGGACAUAAAUGUAAAUUAUAUCAAGAGCGGAGGAUGCACGGAGAGGAGCAUUUCCCUGAUGCAAUCCUUUUACAAGGGUGGAAACCCCUCAGCUCCGGAAGAGAAAAGGAAAAGAGCUAUCAGGUGA